CCCCUGUGCAGUCGGCCACAAUUGCUCUGCCUAUGAGCGAUACGCCCAUCAUUAACAGAAACAAGGAGAUGCGGAAGAAGGGGGGCAAUAGCAACAGGCGGAGCAGUUUGGACAACCGUGGAAGAAGGGCGAGCUCUUUGAUCGAGAGCGGCCAAACAGCAAUACCCCACCGGGAGGUCAACCCGGCGGAUUUUUACAAACACAUUGAAGCCGAAGGCUUGACAGAGCCUCGGCGUAUGAAACAACUGUUGACCUGGUGUGGCGAGCGCGCUCUGGCAGGGAAGCCUCCUCGUGGCACACCGAGUUCUAAUGCUAUUCUUGGUGCUCGUGCUAUUCAAGAUCAACUGCUAAAAGACUUUGCGGCUCGAUCUGAAUUCUCAGACUGGUUUAGUCGAGAGGAUGACGGGCCAAAUGCGCCUGUAGUGUUGAGGCCCAACCCCAGAAACAUGGAGUUGGACGAGAAACUGGCCCAACUGGAAAUCAACAUCAAAAGAUUACAAGAUGAGAAGAAGGCAUGGCAAGCAAUACGAAAACCACCCCCUGAGCAACCGCCUCUCUUCUCCGAAGGCGAGACUGGGUCUAUUGUUCUACCAGACUUUGAUCUGUUAGAUCCAUACGAAGGCAAGAUCAGAGGAUUCCUGGCAGACGAGACAGCAUCAUUCGACGCUGUUCGGUCUCAGACAGAAUCAAGGUUGCGGACUAUUCAGUCGUCACUCGAGUUUCAGAUCGACCAACUUGCCGACAACGUUCACAAGCUCGAGCAGCGGGUUCUAAUUGCAGGCAAAGAAGCGGAUAAGGUCCUUAGUGUUAGCGCCCUACGACUUCGACAACGUGAGGAGCGGGAGAAGGCGAGCGCAGGAACAAGGGACAUGCCAGUCAUCGAGGUUCUAAGGAGCCUAGGGAAUAUUCUACCUGAAGGAGGCGGGUGAGGGAGCAAAAUCUUGAAUUUGGAACGAUCGGGCUUGAUACAUCUGUUUUCCUUCAUUACCCCUUCCUUCAGCCUAUGACGUGGAUGACGAGAUGAGAUAAG